GGGUCCAUGGAUCUUGGAGUGUGCUCAGUAAACAUCUGCUCCUGGGGCAUUAAUGAAGGCAGGCCCUUUCCACCCAACACCCACCUGGGAGGGAGGGCGAGACCCAAGGUCAGAAGUCCCUGGAACAGCCCCUGCCCAUCCCAGCCUCCGACUGCAGGAUCCUGGAGAGCAGGAAAGCCUGGCUCCCCGUGGUAACCCUAAGGCAGGCCCUCUGCCUGGGGCGUCCUGGCACCCGAUGCGGGCCGGAGAGCCCGGCGGGGGUGCGGCGAGGGGGCGGCCGGGCCGCGGGCUCGGAGCCAGGGCUGGGGGUGGGCGAGGGGAGUCCUUCACCCUUGUGGCGGGCUCCUGCCCAAGCCAGCCCACCCGGCCCAGCUCCCGCUCCCGCUCCCGCUCCCGCUCCGGAGCCGUGUCCACCGGGCCAGGUGAUCUCGAACCUUCUCUCUCUCACACCCCAACAACAAACAACCCUCCGCGCUCUCCCUCUGGAGAAAGGAGGUGGAGCCUGACCUCAGCCGGAGGCUGCCGCAGCUGCCGGGGGGAGGGCUUGGAGCUCCAGCUCUUGGGGGAGCCUUUCCUCCAGGGAGUGGUAGGGGUGGGGGGCGGGGGGGGGGCUCCAGAGCGCCGGGGAACCUCUCCCCCGGCAGCGUCGACCCUCCCCCAGCGAAGGGAGGAGGGGCGAGGGGGGUGGCUUCAGUGAGUGCCCACUUCCGACUCUGUCCCUCUCUCAGGCUGGAGUGCCCUCGGACACCUCCUCCCCACUUACACCCACCCCCUCCUUGAACUCUGCAGUCCCAGAGGCAGGGUGAGACUGGGGACCGAGUGAGCCCAAGGGCUAAGAUGCGACUCUGCGGGGCUCCCGGGAGCCGGGAGGGUGCCCAUCCCCCACCCCUUGACGGUAGUCGGGGGUGUGGGCGGGGUGAGAAGGACCCCGGGGACACUCCGAUUAGGUCUGGAGAGAGCCUGAAAUAGGGUGCAGUCCGCAGUUGUUGGGGCUGCGGAGGAGGCUACUGGGGUGAAGGGCAGAGAAUGCACCCCAAGAGAAAGGCAUGGGGCCCCAAAGAGGGUAGGAGACGGGAUUCAGAGGGCGGGAAGGAGAAUGCAGAAACAGCUUUUACGGGGGGAGGCAGACUGCAAAGACGUCCCCUGGCCGGCAAUCUGGAGGCUAGCGCUGGGCAGAUGGGGGUUUUGGACACAGCGCCAUGGACAUGUGUUCCCCCAAAGUCUGAGCGCAUGCAGCCCCCUUGUUCCUUCUUGUGCGGAGACUGAGUCCCACACAGUCCCUACCUCACCGGGACCUCCCCAUAGGUGCGUUUAGGAGAGGGUGAGGUCUUCCUCACUGGGCGCUCAACAGCUGGCUCCUUGGUGGUAGGAGGGUACCUUGCCCCUCCAGCUCAAGAGUCAGGAGUAGCACUUCUACCUCCCUAUCCCUAGGGAGGGCCCCCGCAGGUGAAGACCAGACUUGUGCACUAGGAUCUGCCUGGGGGCAAAUAAUUUCUGGAGAUCCCUUUAAGGAGGGGUGUUCCAAUCCCUUUAAGAGGGAGUGGGUCACAGCAAAAGGACUAUAAAAGUCCAGCUUUCUUUAUUCCCUCACCCCCCGGGGGCUUCCUAUGAUGGGGGAAGGGGCAAGUGCUGCUGCCGCAUUUAUUUGUUGCCUUGGUGUCCCUCCCGAGAAGAGCUGUGCUCUUCAGUUCGUCCAGUGGGGCUGAGGAGCCAGGUGGCUCAGUAAGUAUUGCGGGGACCUAGACUUCAGGUGCUCUGGGGGUUGGGAUGGGGACUGCCCCACUUCCAGGAAAGAAGAUGGGACCCGGGCAGGGGUGCAGGGAGGAGAAAGUGGUCACUGCCACUGGAGUGCCCUGCCUGGUGCCAGGUGCUUGGA